GUGCUCAGAAAGUAGGAAGCAGAGGGCGAUUUUAGUGAGCUGGGGAAGCUGGCAGGAGCCUGCUUAUGCCCUCACAGCCACUGGGGUUUUCUGACCCACCCCACGCCCCCUUCUUAGCCCCCAGCAAGCUGCAAGGGGGGCAGGGCUGCAGUCCCAAGCGGCGAUGCUUCCUCCACCCCGGGGAGCAGCGGUCUGGAUGGGUUCAGGAGAGUGAAGGUGGAUGUGAAGAUGUUGGUUUCCUCCUGCCUCCUUUGCAGCAGCUCUGUCCUGGUUUGUGCCACAAUUUUCUUUGGUUUUCAUGUUCGCAAGCUGGAUUGUGCCCAGUUCCAAGUCCUGGGGUCUGAUCACCCCAUCACGGCCACCGUGGGAGGGGACGUCGUGUUGCCCUGUCACCUCUCCCCCAGGAUGAACGCCGAGCACAUGGAGGUGAGGUGGUUCCGCUCCCGGUUUUCCAUCUAUGUGCACCUCUACCACAGUGGGCAGGACCACUUCUCCUCCCAGAUGCCCGAAUACCAGGGGAGGACGGAGUUUUUGAAAGGGGGUGUCUCCGAUGGAAACGUUUCCUUGCGGAUCCUCAGGACCAGGCUGAGCGAUGAGGGACAGUACCAGUGUCUCAUUAAAGAUGGGAAUUUUUAUGAAGAAGCCACUCUGGAGCUGAAAAUAGCAGUUUCAGGUUCCAGCCCACUUUUGUCCGUGGAGGAUUACCAAGAUGGGGGAAUCCGCGUGGGAUGCCGAGCAGCCGGCUGGUACCCAAAGCCUGAGAUGCUGUGGAGAGAUUUCCAGGGGCAGCAGCUUCCUUCCUUUACCGAAUCUGCCUCCCAAGACAAGAACGGCUUCUUCCAGGUGGAAAAGACCAUCAUCAUCCACAAAAACUCAAAGCAAAAUGUGUCCUGUUCUGUCCAGAACACUCGACUUCCCCAGGAGAAGGACUCCUCAAUUUACAUAUCAGAUGCCAUUUUCCCAAAGGUCUCUCCCUGGAUGGUAACUCUCUUUGCUACCCUGGCCGUCUGGUUGUCUUUGCUGAUUUUCUUCCUAUUGUUAAUUUAUCGGCUACGAGCCAAACACGCCACAGAACUUGAGAAACGCAGUGCAGAAAUCCGGGAACGUGAUAUGGAAAUACAGAAACAUGCUGCAGAACUGCGGUGGAGAAAUGCUAUUGUCCCAGUGGAAGAAGUACACGUCACUCUGGACGCGGACACGGCGCACCCCCAGCUCAUCCUCUCCACGGAUGGGAAGAAGGUGCGGCGAGGAGACACGCGGCAACCCAUGCCUGACAAUCCUGAGAGAUACGACACCUACCACUGUGUCCUGGGCCAGGAGGGAUUUGUCUCGGGGAGAUGCUUCUGGGAGGUGGACGUGGGGACGGAGGAAGGGGGGGUCUGGGCAAUGGGGGUGGCCAGGGAGUCCAUGAAUAGGAAGGGGUGGAUCAACCCCGCUCCGCAGGGUGGUAUCUUGGCUCUUUUCCACUGCGGGGGCAAGUACUGGGCUCUGACCUCUCCUGACCACACAGCUCUCCUCCUCACCCAGGUGCCCCGGAUGAUUAGGGUUUACUUGGACUUUGAGGGACAGAAAGUAGCCUUUUUCAAUGCUGACAACCAAGAUCUGCUCUUUAGUUUCCCGCUGGCCCCAUUGAGUGGGGAGAAGAUCCGUCCCUGGUUCCGCGUGGGACCAAUUGCCCAACUCAGCCUGAAGUCACCUCUUCCAGUCCCGCAUGUCCCCAGCAUGGAGGAACCUCUGCUCCCUUCAUGUUUCCCCUUGAAGAGCCUCUCCACAGGGCAAAAGACUCCAUGCACACCAGAGGGCAGGGCAUGACCAAGGCUGUGAAAUCCCUGCUGUUGUCUAUAAGUGUCCAAGACUCUCCCAGUUGCAUCGUGCUACUGUGGCGGCCCAAGACUCUUCCAUCUGUGAUUGCACCUCUCCAUCCACCUCAGCAGAACUACCUCAGCUCCUGCUGUGCAUAGUGACAGUAGCUAAGGGGUUUUCUGCUCCUAAGUUGACGUCCCCAAGCCAGCUGCUUGCGCCCAGAAAUUCUCAUUUGCAACCCUCGGCUAUGCAUGGAUGCUAAACCAACAAGGGUGCUGGCACCCACCUGAUGUAUGGAAGGAAAACCCCACCAUGCCAAUGGCAGGUUGUGAGGCUGAGAAGAAGGAGCUGUGCACCUCCACCCUCUUCUUUUUCACGUUGCCUCCAUUCCUUCCAGUCCUGUGAAACGUGGCCCAUUGAGUGAGUGGUGGUGGUUGUUGUGCAUUUCCAGACAAGGAGCCGCUCCUGCACCAUUCUGACACUUGCUGCUCCUCCAAGUGUUGCGUUGAGCUCACCUGUGUGUACAAGAGAUGCUACUUGGAUAAGGGUGUCCUCGUGGCGUUUUUGGCUAGUGACACCUUUGUGGGUGAUUUGGAGGGGGAAUUUUACUCUCCCUUUUCUGAAAAGGGAAAAAUGACAGGAAAGCAUCCAGAAGGAGCUGCCAGUGGCGCACCCUGGGUUAGCAAAUGGAGAAGACAGAGGUCAAGCCAUGAUCCAUUGCUUUGAGUUUAUACACUGUAGCUUCAGAAAACACUCAGUUUUUGGGGUCUCGGGUUUUGGACAGGAAGAGAGAUCUCCAUAUGGGCAGCCAGGGCAGGGCCCCCACCCCAAUGCAGAUGAGCAAGGAAGGAUCCAGCAGUGCAGCUGGCUUCGGAUGAGGAUCCAGAGCCCCAGGGCAUGCCAGAAGCUGGGCUGAACAUCAGGAGGAGCUGUGGGCAAGGCUGAGCUCUCCUGUGAAGCAGGCUAGGGCCUAUCUGGAAGCCACCCAGACAGCAUCUCGGUGGCAGGAGGUGCACCAAGGCCAUCCUGCAGCUGGGUCCAGCCUCAAGAUACUUGGCAUCCUCUGCUCUACACCAUUUGAGGAGCCUGGAUGCUUGCAGCAGGGGUGGGAGCAGCCUAAUCUGGACCCAAGGUAGGUGCCCUUCAUUGCUUGAGCAGACAAGAGGCAGGGAUUUUGAUUUCUGCAUGAAUCCCAUUCAAAACUGCAACUGGGAAGGGGGCUUAGUGACCCCGGAGCACCCAAAGUUCAGCACCGAACUUGGAAAGUCAUGAAAAAAGGCAAAGAAAAAGCAGGACCUGACCCGUCCUGCUGUUCAAGAUGGGGGACAGCUGCCAGGGCUCAAAGCAAGCAGCUCAUCUCUGAGUGCUCCUCUCCUGCUCAGCAGCCAAGAAAACAACAGGUUUCUCCAAAAGAGGAGGAGAGCCCUCAGCUGGAAGGCUCCAGACCUGCAUUUUUUUCUCCCCAAGCCCUGGUUUCGUCCAUUUCCCCAUGAUUUUACAAGGAAACUGACUGGUCCCCCCCAUGUUCCUCAACCCUGGUAAUAUGGUUAGUAUAGCUAAUGGCAUUUUUUAACAUAAACAGUCAUUCUCUUUGA